CUCAUCAUUUUCCUGCCUUGGGUGUCUUAAUCUUCGCCCCAAUGAAUCUACUAUGCUGAGAGGAUAGGUGCUCAAACCCAAUGACCCCAGCGCCAGCGAGCACACGCACUUAAGAACAUCCCAUCGGCUUCUGGUGGGCGGGUGGUCACCAUGACGGACACUGGAGCUACGGAGACAUGUACCCACAGACAUGGUCAGAAAUGCUAGUGGGGGCGCUGUGUGCGCUUGCAGGGGUACUGACCAUUGCCAUGCCCGUUGCCCGUCAUUGUGAACAAUUUCGGAAUGUACUAUCCUUAGCUAUGGCUAAGCAGAAAGCUACCAAAGAAAAAAAAGAAACACAUUCGAGACCCACCGCAGCGGGAUCCCCCAAUUAUUGUAAAUCUGUCGUAAACUCUCCACAUCACAGUACUCAGAGUGACACAUGCCCGCUGGCCCAGGAAGAGAUUUUAGAAAUUAACAGAGCAGAUUCCAAACUGAACGGGGAGGUGGCCAAUGCCGCGCUGGCGAACGAAGACUGCCCCCACAUAGACCAGGCCCUCACGCCCGAUGAGGGCCUGCCCUUUACCCGCUCGGGCACCCGCGAGAGAUACGGACCCUGCUUCCUCUUAUCAACCGGGGAGUACCCGUGCCCGCCUGGUGGAGGAAUGAGAAAGGAUCUUUGCAAAGAAAGCCCUGUCAUUGCUAAGUAUAUGUCAACAGAGGCAGUGAGAGUGACUUGACAAGGCCAGAGGACCGAGGACACUGGUGGCUAAAAAACACAUCUGGGUGGAUCUGCAGCCCCUCCUCAUCCUUGGACAGAGUCAAUCCCGCCACGUAGGUUUGCAGGAUGAGUCCGCGUGGUUUUUUGGGCCUUAUUCUAGGAUGGACAUAGGCUUUCUCUGCAACCCAAUGGUAACAAACUGUAGAAGAUUUUUUCCUUUCUUUUUCUUUUCGUUUGUUUUUUUUUGGGGGGGGUUGGGGGGGGGAGGGAGGGUUUCCUUAGCAUGACUUGCAUGAAGUAACCAGAAAAACAGACAAACCACAAACUUACAAUUGUAUGAUUCAUGUAGAAGCAAAAAAUCGGAGAGAAGCUUCUAUAUUUUUCUUUCAAUGUUCUUUUACUUUUUACAUACAUUGUUGUAGCCAGACUGUGAAGUCUUCACAAACCUGUAUGGUUCUUUCUUCUCCUCCUCCUUUUCCUCCUCCUCCUCCUCCUCUUCCUCCUCCUCCUUUUUUUUUUUUUUUGGCACACAAGAUACAGAAUAAUGGUUUAAAAAAUUCAAAGGGCAAUCAGCCUGUCAUUGGUCAUAUUGACCAUGCCUUCAUAGUUCAUCUCUCCUAUGGAAAUCCACCAAGAACUUUGAUCCAAUUAGAAUUAUGAGAAUACACCACUUCCACCGUCCUCCCUCUCUGUUUCCCUCCGCAUGUGUGUGACCCAUGGACCUCUCCCAGGACCCAUGAUGACAUAUCAUAGUCUUGAUCAAUUUCCCAGCUCUGGUUCUGUUGUAUUCCAUUGGUGUAGAGAUCCAACGUGAGUGCCCUUCAUGGCCAAUUGUUCAUAAUGAGUAGAUUCUGGAUUCUCCAAGUGUUAUUUUGCUAACGGGACUCAGAAAACCCAAAGAUCAGGAGACCACUCAAAGAUCAGGAGACCACUGGGGAGAAAGUUGCCUCCAGAUUUAUUAAAAGACAACCAGCAUUGUAUGCAGUUAGCAUUUCACAGUAAAGAUGCAUGCCCCAUGUUAUGCAAAACAACUCUAGCAUGAAAUAAAUUUUGUCUCAUGGUUUCCGUGCCUGCUGUAUAGUUCUAAAGCAGAUUUGUUUCUUUAAGCAAUCAGAGGUCUGCAGUGACACACUUCUGAAUCGCAAAUAAAUAUAAUAUUUUCCCAUUAGAAAUAGGACAGUACCUUGAUUUAGGUCUGAUUCCAAAAUGGGGGGGGGGAGGGAAAAGAAAUGAUAUUUUUGGAAAAAAUGCUAUAGUUUUUAAAAAAUGAAACAUCUUGAGCUUUCACAAGCAGUGACCAGCAUUUCCUGCAGAGAGACAUGACCCUUUCUCGCAAUAUUCUCACCCUAUCUCCUCAAUAAUAAAAAGUUGACUUUUGAGUUGAUUCA